UUGGCCAAUCGCCAGCGUGCAUCACUGCCCAGCCACGGAGUCUGCAGCUGCAAAAAUGUCCGUAUUGUGUCUACACUGCCAAAUACAGGGGGUUAACAAGGAUGUAGCUGCACGUCUAAUGUAAAGGAAUAACAGAUGAUCUUCUGGUGUAAUGGCUUGCAUUGUGCAAUGACUGGCCAAACCAUGGUGUGCAACUAGGCUUUGUGUUGUUGAUUCACAGUUUGGAAAUAAUGUCUCCCAGUAACCGAGAGCUGGUUGAAUUCUUCAUAAGCUACAAAUUAUCACAGAAAAACUACCCAAGUUCGCUGCUUAUGUCAGACCCCGCUAGGGUCCAGUGUGAGGGCAACAAGGCAGCUAAUGUCCCGAAUGGUAUGCUAACAAACCGGAAUGGCAACAGACAAACACUGGCCUCACUGCCUCCUGAUGAUCACUUAGACGCUAUUAAGACUGCUCUGACGGACUCUGCAGAUGAAUUUGAAGAGUUGUUCACACAAGCAUUCAGCAACCUUUCCUCUCAGCUCGACAUCACACCUGAUACAGCUUAUAACAGCUUUAAAAGUGUCAUGGACGAGGUGUUCAAAGAUGGGGUUAAUUGGGGACGGAUUGUGGGUCUUUUUGUUUUUGGAGGGGUUUUGAGUGUGGAGUGUGUGGAGAAGGAUAUGAGCAUUCUGGUUCCUCGCAUUGCUAACUGGAUGACUAUCUACCUGGAUGAGAAUAUCGCCACGUGGAUUCAAAACCAGGGAGGCUGGGCCAGCUUUGCUCAAAUUUUUGGGCAGAAUGCAGCAGGAGAGGCCAGAAGGUCCCGAGAGACUCUGAAGAAAUGGCUGCUAGUUGGAGUAGGGUUGCUAGCUGGAGUGCUGGUUGCUAUGCUCAUUGCUAAGAAAUAGUGAAGAUGCUUUACCAGAUUACUACAGCACGCCUCAAGUAAUGCUACGCCAAUGAAUAUAAACAACAACCUGUUUAGUUUAUGUUUACAAAAAUGCUUUGUCUGUGUGUGCACUGACGAGAUGCGCACCGGCCAAUAUGGCAUGUAGGAGUGACCAUUAAUAAUGUAGCUUGGUGAGCUCCUCUCACCCCCUGUGUUACAUGAUUUUUAUUUUUUUAAAUCACUGAAAAGAUAUUUGUAUGUAACUCUUUAGACUGGAAUUUAUUUACACUUUAAUUUGAUAAGCUAAAAGUGAACGCGAUUUAGCUGGUUCAGUGAGACUUUGUCUGAAUCUUUGAUUGAAUCUUUUGUGUCUUCUAUCCCGGGACCAAUAGAGCUCAACAGUGAUCAUCCUCUUUGAGGUUCCCCAAGUUAAUUUCCAUUAGGUUUUUCCCAUAGACUUUUCUUCAAAUUAGUAAUGAAGAGUUUGAAAACUUGCUGGGAGCAACUCAACAGUGUGUUAAAACAUUUCAAACAACUGCAUUUUGGACAUUAGGACAACUAGUUAGCCUCUAUCGUACCUUUAAAAUAUUAAUAUUUCACUUUUUCGGAAAGUCUAUGGGAAAAUUGAAUGACAGUUUUACUUGGAGAAUCUCUAGGCUUCGGAUGUUGGGCUCCAUACUAGAUGCUCACAAACUUGACAGUUAUUUUCACUUUCUUUUUGGCUGCACUGGAGUUUCAGGCAUGCUUCAAAAAAUAAAUAUAUUUAUGUUUUG